AUGGAAUCGGAAACUUCAGAUUAUCCUUACGCAACCACCGAAGAUCAUCACCACAUCCCAAUCGAUAUCUUCGGUUCCAAAAAACACGCCGGACUUCCACGUGGCAUCCUAUCCUUCACCGAUGCUUCCGGUAACAUAAUGUUCAAGGUGCACCGCCAACCACCCAAUCCCAAUUUCAUCUCCUCUCCUCCUCCCAAGGAUAUCAAACUCUUGCUCGAUCCCAACGAUACUCCUCUCUUCUCCAUCCACCGCCAUCACAAUGGGAAUUGGAAAUGUUAUAAGGGAAAUGGCGACGGAGAAAAGGAGCUUAUGUUUGAAGUGAAAAGGACUGUGAAAACUUUUACUAGAAUUGAAUUGGAGGUGAUUUUUGCUGGUGAGAGAUUAAACGACGACGUUUGUGACUUGAGAGUUAUAGGUUCUCCUUUCAAGAGAUCUUGCAGCAUCUAUAAGGACACUGAUUUGGUGGCACAGAGUAGUCUUAUGUAUAAGCUUAAUCAAAUAUAUGUGAGUAGGGGUAAAUUUCGUCUCACGAUUUUUCCUGGGAGUAUAGAUCAUGCUCUUAUUGUGGCUUUGUUUGUAGUCUUUUUGAAUGGAAGAAAAUAG